AUGUCAGCCAUGAAGAGCCUCCUACUUCUCCUUCCAAUUCUCCGCCUCGGCGCCGCACAGCAACCCAGCGUCAGUGGAGUGGUAGCCACAUCGACCGUGACCGCCACCCCUGUUGUCGUCAACGGCGACAGCACCGGCGUGGCCACCGCAACCAUUGAGCCGUCCAACUCUGCCAUCAGCGUCUUCAGUGGCAGCGGCGCCGGGGGCACAGCCGCUGCACCCACAACCACCAUCGACUUCUCGGUGAUCUCAGAGAACGGCACCGUCAUCACCCUCACCUUCACCGGGUCCGUCGAUCCUUCCGUCAACAGCACUGUCUACGUCACCGGUGCGGGUAAUGCCACCACCACCACCGCCUCGUCCAAGGGCUCUGGCACCGCGGUCAAUGCUGGUACUACCACUUCAAGCCGCUCUGGGACCGCUUCCACCACGGGCACUGGCCCGGCGCAGUUCACCAAUGCUGCUCCAACUGCUGACGUCCAGUUCGGACUCGGCCUCUUGGGCUUCGCUGGGGCUGCUGUCGCUCUUGGUCUGUAG